AUGAUGAUUAUAAAUAAUACACCUCCUGCCAAAACAUGGUCAUUGGCUCAAGACCUCGAAAUACGACGAACUCGAAAAGUUCUUUUGAUCAUACUUGGCGCUCUCAGUGUGAUUAGUUCGGUUAAUUCAAUUUUUGGAAGUGCUAAUUCAAUUGGUAUAAAACAGAAUCAUGUUGGUACACGAAUUGGUCAAGGUCUUAUUUCAAUAGUUUUCUACAGUUUUGGAAUCUUUGUUGCUUAUCGAUAUUCUCAAAUAGGUUUACGAGUGUUAUAUUUAAUUGAGACUAUUGGAUGUUUUCCAAUAAUAGAUCGAUAUUCUUCUAAAAUUGAAUAA